ACAUAAAGUUAUACAGAAAUUUGAAUCCUAUGUAUUAAAAAUAAUAUAUAUGCCAAAAUAAAAAUUUUACAUGUUAAAAAUUAAAUACAAGUGUCAAGAAAAUUUUAAAUUUCAGAAAUUAAUAUAUAUAGAUAUAUAGAUAACGCAACAUGCAAAUAAAAAUUGAAUAUUAAUUUUUUUUUUUAAAAAAAGAGAAAAGGGAAAGGACGAAAGAAAAAACAAAAAGGAAGAAUACAAAAGGAAACAAAAUCUCAUUGCCUUCAUUAAUCGUACAAAUGUUGCAUGUAGUCUAAGACCUUUUGCUAUAGACAAAAGAGUCAACAAGCCAAUUCAUCAUUAGACAAGCAUCAAAUACGCCCCACUCUCUCACCAACUCCGGAUACAGACCAUACUAAUAGUACUCAAGCAGAACACCACCACCCUAUAAAUUACAGAGCUUUCUCUCGUUGGAUCCUCAAUUAAACCAACCUUUCAUGCUUAUCGCUCACCAUGAAUUCCAUCAAAGAAAGUAACCCUACUCUACUUCUUCCUAAUAAUAUCGUUCCUCUGGACUUCACUUCUAUUCUCACCCUACCAGACUCUCAUGCAUGGACUACUCCUCCAUCUCUAGACCCAUUGACAAGCCAAGAUGACUCCAUUAUUCCAGUCAUAGACCUUAACAGCCCAAAUGCACUUAUUCUCAUAAAAGAAGCAAGUGAAAAUUGGGGGAUGUUUCAGGUCACUAACCAUGACAUUCCCAUUCAUCUCUUUCACCAUAUCGAAGGCCAAACACGAUGUUUGUUUGGAUUGCCUUCUAGCCAGAAACUCCUCGCCGCCCGAUCACCUGGCGGGUUAACUGGGUAUGGCCGGGCUCGUAUCUCCGACUUCUUUAAAAGGGAAAUGUGGUAUGAAGGUUUCACCAUUAUGGGUUCUCCAGCAGAGCAUGCUAGCCAACUUUGGCCAAAUCAAGACACCUCUUUCUGCGAUGCAGUGAAAGCAUACCAAAAGGAAAUGAAGGGACUAAGUGAGAGGAUAAUUGGGCUUAUGUUUAAGUCAUUGGGCUUGAUUGAAGAAGAUGUUAAGUUUCUUGGACUCAAAGACGAAUCCCAAUAUCCUCAAGGCGCGCUUCAACUAAACUCAUACCCAAAGUGUCCUGACCCAGACAGAGCCAUGGGCUUGGCUCCUCAUACAGAUUCGUCUCUGAUUACUGUGCUACACCAAGAUGGCGUCAGUGGCCUCCAAGUCUUUAAAGAUGGUAUUGGAUGGAUGCCAGUGUGCCCGGUGGACGGUGCACUUGUGGUCAACAUUGGUGAUUUGAUGCACAUAAUCUCUAACGGAAGGUUCAGAUGUGCACAACAUCAGGCGGUUGUGAAUAAGACACAUCACCGUAUAUCAGUUGCAUAUUUCUAUGGUCCGCCAGGGGAUGUGAAGAUAUCACCUUUGAUGCAGCUGGUAGACUUUGAUCAUCCAGUCCUAUAUCGUCCUGUGACAUGGAAAGAGUACCUUGAUGCCAAGACAAUAUAUUUUGACAAGGCAUUAGAUUUUAUUAAAAGUGAUGAAUCUAUGUGCCAGUAACAGUAGUUAACAGGAUAUGACAUAGCUCUCUCUCUCUCUAAUUAGCUUUUUAUAUUGUCAAGUCAAAAAUUUGAAACUACAGACUAAUUAGGUUAUGUGGUUUAGUUUAAUUAUAUAUUCUUCUUUGAUUAAAUAUCUUGGGUGUCCAGUAGUUCUAUAUAUAUAUGUUCUUUUUACCAAUCUGUAUAUGGGAUGGAAUGGAAUAAAAUUAGUUUAAGGAUCAA